AUGAAUGAUGAGAUGAAAUUCAUGAGCGAUAAUGAUGUUUGGGAGCUUGUUGAACUACUUUCAAGGUCUAAAAUGAUUGGUUGUAAAUGGGUAUUUAAGAUCAAACAUGACUCGAAAGGUAAAGUUGAACGACAUAAAAUCAGAUUAGUCGUGAAAGGUUUCACUCAGAAGGACUUACUUAGGAUCAUUUUAGAAUUCGUGGCUCAUUAUAACCUGAAGCUUCACAAAAUGGAUGUGAAGACAACAUUCUUGAACGAGGAUUUAGAGGAAGCGGUCUACGUGAACCAACCAGAAGGGUUUAGUAUACAAGGAAAGGAAAAGAACACUCUUGUCAAAUGUAUAUAUCUAAAAGUCAGUGAGAACAAGAUUAUAUUUCUGAUCCUAAAUGUCUAUUAUAACUUUACAUUUGUUGGUACUGGGCUCAUAUAUUUUCAUUUGACUUGUGUAGGUGUGCCAGAACAUUUAAUGCAUAAAAACCGUUUGCAAGAAUACACCCAAAGAUCAGCCAUUCCACUCCCAGCGUAUCAAACCAUGAAUGAAGGAUCCCCCCAUGCUCCAAGGUUUAGGGCUAAUGUCUUGGUUGAUGGGGUUACAUAUGUGUCAUCUGAGACAUUUUCACAUCGUAAAGAAGCAGAGCAGGCUGUUGCAAAAUAUGCCCUUGAGUAUAUAUUAGAAAAGAUAAAGAAUGAAGGAUGCCCUCUACUGAGUGAGGAUACAAUAUUUUGCAAAUCUAUUCUUAAUGAGUAUGCAGUUAAGAUGAACCUUGAGAAGCCCUCAUAUGAGACUACUCAAUCAAAAGGACUGCUUCCAGUGUUUGUCUCUUCCCUGUCUUUCAAUGGUAAACUUUAUACUGGUAGUGCAGGCAAAAAUAAGAAAGAGGCUGAACAGUUGGCUGCUCGUGCCGUUAUCCAGUCAAUUUUAGGUGAAUCCCACUCAGGAUCGUGCCUUUCUGAGAUCAUCAAAUCUAAAGGUAAACUUUAUGCUGCAAUGCAUAAGAUCAAGGAUUCUGGCACCUCUACAAGUAUAAAAAGAGAAGUUGGAGUCCUCCCAGGAACUGAUACGUUGCCAAUGCCUGCAUAUGCUGGAACAUCUCAAGGACAACAGGAUACCAGCCCAGUCUCAAUUUCAGAGGCACAUGGCCGUGAACUCAAAAAACCAAGACUGGAACCUUUAAGUGAAACAUCUACUGAUUGUUUUUUAACAUCUUUGCCUGUUCCUCAUGCUCAUCAGCCACAUCCCAACCAAGUACAAAAUGAAGUACCAUUGGAACAGCCUUGUGCUAUUAUUGUUAGUGGCAGUUCCCAAGGCGCAGUUGUGGUCGAAAACGAAGUUCCGCUGGCACAGCUUUCUGCUGUUGGAGGCAGUUCCCAGGGCACAGUUGGCACUACAGAUGGUGUGAAAUGCUCUCGCAAAAAGAACAAGAGGGUGGGAGAAUAGAUUCUGAAAUGAAGGGUCACAGGUCAUGUCCAUCAUUAAUCUGAUUGCUUCAUUUUCUGUAUCCCAAUGAGUAGCGGUCUAUGGAUGCUCCCUCAUUUUCUCUUCCGUAAGAAAGAUGUUUUGCAGCACUUGAUGCUUAUACAUAUUGACAGUCUAACUGGAAUGACUGAUUAUGCAUUGCUUCUUGGAUGCAAUUGAAAUAUACCUGAUGUUCAUAUGUAGUGAACUUCAUUUUGUAGUUCUGGUUGGAUGAAAUAGAAAUUUGUGUUUUUUUUUUUUCUGCUUUGUU